AUGACGGAGCAGAGCAGGGCCACAGCCGUCACAGCACUGGCACUGACACUGUUGAAUGACGAUGCUUGUGCUGCCUUGCCAGGGGCGGUAGGGGGUGAAGCAGCAGCGGCAGGAGGAGGGAGGGCAGCAGCAGGUGCAGGUGUUGCGGGGGAGGAGAGCAGUGCAGAGACGGUGUCCGAGGGAAUGUCUGCCAGAGAUGCCUGGGUCCUGCCAAGGGUUGAGGGAAAGGGGUGGUGCGCAGGGGAGGGGAGAGAGGGGGGAGGAGGAAGGGGGGACAACAAGGGGUGGGUGCGUGACAAGGUGGAGCAGCAGGGAGUGGGGGCAGGCCGACAGCCAUUGAGGGACUUUCAUGAGCGUGUUGGUGCCGAAGGUGAUCUUGCAGGGCUGGUAGCCGGACAGCCAUUGAGGACUUUCAUCGGCGUGUUGGCGCCAAAGGUGAUCUUGCAGGGCUGGUACGUGGGGAUGAAGUUGGACCCGCACGCGUAG